AUGGGUCUUAAGGGCUCGAAGCCGAAGCUCUCCAAAGAAGAUCUCGAAUUUCUCAAGAGGAAUACUAACUUUACCGAAGAGCAAAUCAAAGAGUGGUAUAAAGGAUUUGUUCAAGACUGUCCGAAAGGACACUUAACAAAAGAGCAGUUCAUUAAAGUCUAUAAAGAUUUCUUUCCGUCGGGUAGCGCGGAAGGCUUCUGUGAGCAUGUAUUCCGAACAUUUGAUACCGACAAUAGUGGCUUCAUCGAUUUCAAAGAAUUCCUGCUGGCGAUCAAUGUAACUAGCUCAGGAACUCCCGAGCAGAAAUUAGAAUGGGCCUUCAGGAUGUAUGAUAUUGAUGGCAAUGGCACUAUUGAUGAGAAGGAAAUGAUCAAGAUUAUAGAAGCAAUAUAUGAAAUGCUCGGUCCUGAAGUAACAAAAUCUGCGGACGACUCGCCGAGAAAGCGGGCGAAGAUGAUAUUUGAAAAGAUGGAUGUCAACAAUGACAAGUGCGCGGGAAAUCGCGCUGAAAAUUUUCGAAUCACGAAAAAAAAUUUCAUUUGCUACAUAAGAACUGAAACUGCUGAAGCACUACCGAAUAAGCCGCAAAGUUUAUUGGAUUCGUGGAAUGUGAAAGAUGCGACAAUAUCGUGUCCUCUUGGUGUUCCAUCCGAUCCUCAUCCAUUCUGUGUUGUGCUCUGCUGUGCUGCCAUCCGUCACACAAUGGGCAAGAAGAAUAGCAAGCUGAAGCCUGAUUGUCUUAGUGAUUUGCUCAACGAAACGCUAUUCACUGAGAGCGAAAUUAACGAUUGGUACCGAGGCUUCCUUAAAGAUUGUCCAUCCGGGCGUCUCUCUGUGCAAGAAUUCAAGGCUAUAUACGCCAACUUCUUUCCUUUCGGUGACGCAUCUAAGUUCGCUGAGCACGUCUUCCGUACAUUCGAUGCUAACAAAGACGGAAGCAUUGAUUUUCGCGAAUUCCUUUGUGCACUUUCGGUGACCAGUCGUGGUCAAGUGGAGCAAAAGUUGCGAUGGGCUUUCAAAAUGUACGACCUCGACGGUGACGGUUUCAUCUCACGAGACGAAAUGCUCGAAAUUGUUACGGUGAGCUGCUUGUUUUAG